AUGCAAACUGUUUCAGAGGACUUUGGAGUGAACCCCAAUGACAAUGGGCCUUGCGCAAUAGAGCUCACCAGCAACCUCACCCAGGCCGGUACCAGCCUUGUGCCAACUAAGCCCUCCCACCGAUGCCCCCAAGAGGACACCCCUGUCACAAAGCGCAACCCGGAGGACCCCUCCUGCGUCCACCCAGUCGCAUCUGCACGCUCACUACCUCCACCACCAGCACUCUACCAACAUCCCAUCCCCCAGCCCUUGCUCUUUGACCCCCCCAGCCCCACCAGUGAGCCCCCCCAGCGUCCGGCCCCCGUCCCCCUGCACAUCAUGAUCCAGAGGGCCCUGUCCAGCCCCGGCCAGGCCCAGCCACAUCCCGACGGCUCCCAGCGUUCAGCCCACUCCCUGCUCUUUGAGACGCCGCCCGAGUACCAGGGGGACCGCGGCCGGCCCCUAGCCGUCAGCAUCCAGCCUCUGAAACUGGCUGAGGAUGACUACUCUGAGGAGGAUGAUGAUGAAGAUGAUGAUAAUGAUGAUGAUGAUGAUGAAGAGGAGGAGUACGAUGGGGAGCUUCCCCAGCCAGAGCUGGAGCCACGGAGCAGGAGGUGCAUGGUGGGAGAGCCCUGCAUCAACGUCAUCCCCGAGGMGCCCAACAGCAGUGAGGAGGAGGAGGAGGAGGAGGAGGAAGAAGAGCAGGACCUGCAAAGGGAAAACAGCGACUCGGACGGGCCAGUGCUCUAUAAAGAUGAAAAUUCAGACGAGGAUGAGGAAGAUGAGCCUCCACCCAGUYCUUUGGCCAGCAGGGUCAGAAGGAAAGACACGUUAGCUUUGAAACUGAGUAACCGACACGCCCCAGAGAAACAUGCUCGAGAGGACAAGUCCAGCGGUCACACCGAACGACGCACUCCGGGACACACACCAGGUCACACACACCAAGGGUCAACAGGGCUGACAUGGCAGAGCAGGGAGCAAUGGGAGGCCAUACGCACACAAAUAGGCUCUGCACUCACAAGGUAA